AUGAAUUGGACGGGAGGGCGCCUGCAAAGGCAUUCUGGAAAAUCUGCUCGGGGCGGCGGCGGUGGUGCCUUGACCAAACGACAAAAGGAACACUUCGCAAAGGUGAAUGCCAACUUAAGAACUGGACGUCAAAAAAAUGUUACUACUGAAUGGACAAUAUUCGACAAUAUCAUAGUGGAACAAUCACACAGACAAUCGUUUGGGAAUAAUGUUGAUUCGGUGAAGAAUUCUGAGUGUAGUUUAAGACAAGGAAGAGGGAGAAAUGAAGUUGAGCGAAAACAUUUCACUGAUCUCUACAAACACAACGAUCUCACAUCAACUCCACUGUGCAGAGAUCUUCAAUAUGAGCAGAAAAACAAUCGUUCUUCGCCAUUUGAAAUCGUCCAAAGAAGUUCCAUUGCUGACGAUGAUUUGUACAAUGCUACACCUCCACCAUUGAAAAUCAAGCGCGAGUAUGCCGCAUCGUCUGAGCUUAGAGAUGAUCUGCAGAACUACGAGGCGCAAGAAGCAACAGAACAAUCUAUGGAAGAAAUUAGACGAAAUUUAUUGAAGCAGAAAGACUGGGUUGGCCUAAAUAUUCAUCAUUUGCCGAAAUUGAGAUUCAAUCAACCGAGACACGAUGAAGAUAUUGGGCGAAGAAGAAAGGUAAAGGGUGGACACAGAGCACGAUACUCUAAACUUCAGACAAGAAUCCGCUCACCAUUUGCCGCAAGAAACACUCAAAUGCGAGAGCAACAAGAAGCGGGUUACAUGGAAGGAAGACCGCCGAAAAAUGACGUUAGAAUCUCGAUUGGUGGCAGGGUUGUUCCGCCAGGCAUGAGUUCGAGUUCCCGGCCGACGAAAGUGAUCCGCCAAUCUACACCCCGCACGAAGCACCGAAUGUUGUCAUCGGAUGAUAUGUUGCUUGACGAUGAAUGUAUCGUGGAGGACCAGGAAGAUUUGAAUAGUGAUAGGUUUCUUUCUAUUUUCGAAGCAACAAUACAUGGCAAUGGAGAGGACGACACUUCGACGAGGAUAAUUCCAUCGAGCAGAGGCCCGGAGAACCACGGUACACAUGGAAACCAAGGGAAGGGUGCAAAUACAAGACGUGAACCGCUCCUUAACAUAACCAACGGGAAUGGAGCUUCAAAUAAGUUUGGGGGUAAAGAGUCACCGUUUUCUCGCACAGCCGUCAGAUCAAUUUGUGAUACUAGAAUGAAACAGCCAAUGCCCAUUCGUCCUGCACAUCAUCCGGUUCUCCGCUUAAGCUCGCCUAAGUGUAACAGUAGCGUGCUUGGGCAGAUCGGGGGCUUGAGAAGUGUGGUUUCCGAAGAUCAAUUGAUGAACAAUGAGAUGUGGAAGGCAUGGAUACCACCACCCACAGAGGGCACAGAGCACAAGAAUUAUGAUGAAGCAGGAGAAGAUGAAGAAUAUUUGAAGGAUAGGAGUGUAUCUAUAAGCCCGGGAAUAAGUGCCAUUCCAGCCUUACGUGAGAAGAUCUUUAGCAGCUCAGGAUCCAAUGACAAGGACUCUGCUGGACAAUAUGAGCAUACAGAGUCUUGGAGAGGCUGUGAAAGCUCGAUAAUACAGGAGCAGUCUACAGCAGUAUAUAAGACAGAUUUGUUUCCUUCGGACGACGUCAAAAAUAUCUCAUACAAUGGUAUGCCGCACAGUUCAGAUGUAUAUGAUCACCCUUUCUCGUCUGAUAAAUGUGAGCUUGGAAAUGAGAGAAAGACAUCCUUGGCAUCCAUACAAUAUACAAAUGAGGACGGUAUCACAAUCGAACCACAAGACAGUCGAUCGUCGCAGAGAACAUCUUCAAGCAUUCCAUGGGAUCCUCCUAGAAGCUCAAGUCCUUGUAUAACCAGUCGUUCUCACAGUAAGUUUCUCAGUAAUCCUUGGUCUGAAGCUCUUCCUGUCCAGCAGACGCCUAUCGAUAGCAGACAAAUCACCGAACUUAAGGAAGCCGCACCACAGCACGAUCAAAUCAUAAUGCGGGAUCAAACUUUCGGCAAAGUAAAAGAUUGUCCGACGCAAGGUGUUCAAAAGAAAACAGACCCAAACGAACUCUGGAUGAAGUUUGUUUUUGAUGAUAUCAGUGAAGAGGAGGACAUGGUAUUGGAAAAGACUACACCCGCAGGAUUUGAGCUCGAGGAGAAGGAACCCUCGCCCUCAUUUUCAACCUUUGUGCACAAUUCAGUCGAUUCCGAAAGUCCAUUGCAACCUAGAUAUGUUGCGCAAGCGAGUAAUCGCAAUACAUGGCAAGAUACACUUCAGAGAAACAGCAGCGCGCGUGGGGACGAAUUUGGCCCGUCUCCCUUGUACUCAACGUUCGCUUGUCAUUCCAUUAUUAAUCGCGACCCUGUAGGAGCAGCUGUCCGAAAUAAGAGUACUCCAUACCCACACGAAACAAAACACCAUCAAACUAAUAGAAAUUUGAGUUCAAAUAAUUGUGCUUCGGAAUCGGCAGUAGACUCAACAAACUCCAGAAUCCCAACUGACAGUACAUCGUCAUCUCCAAAGACGGACUCGCUUUCUAUGAUGGCUGUCUCAGGUUCUCAGAUCAAUACAUCAACAACAACGACUCAAAGAAGAUUUUUCCUAGAACCACAUCGCAAAAUUUUGUUCACAAAACCUCAGCCAUUUAUUGGAUCGAAAUCAGAUAUAAACUUCUCAUCUCCUGAUAGAAUUGUUCGUAUCGGUGGAAGAGAUGUCAAAACGCAGAUGAGCAGUGGGAAUGGCAUGAUAUUUCCAGAAGAGAUAGAGGAUGAUUAA